AUGGCUGAUGCUGAAGAGGUUGGGAAAGAAGAGGAGGCCGACUCCAAGAUCUCCAAGAAGGAGGAGAAGGCUAGCAAGAAGCCGAAGCCAAGGCCAAGCAAGAAGCCGAAGCCAAGGCCAACGAAGCCGAAGCCAAGGCAAAGGCUGAUGCUGAAGAGGGCCAAGAAGAAGGAGGGCCGACUCCAAGAUCUCCAAGAAGGAGGAGAAGGCCAAGCAGAAGCCGAAGCCAAGGCCAAGCGAAGCCGAAGCAAGGCCAAGCAAGAAGCCGAAGCCAAGGCAAAGGCUGAUGCUGAAGAGGCCAAGAAGAAGGAGGCCGACUCCAAGAUCUCCAAGAAGGAGGAGAAGGCCAAGCAAGAAGCGGAAGCCAAGGCAAAGGCUGAUGCUGAAGAGGCCAAGAAGAAGGAUGUUGAAUCCAAGGCCGUCAAGAAAGACGACCAGGCUCAGAAGGGGGCCGAGGAGAAAGCCAAGAAGGCCGCCCAAGAGCUCAAAGGAGCUCAAAGUGGCGAGCAGGAGGGCGAGAGCAUCGAGGGUAAGACAAAGCUCGGCAAGAGGUCGCGUGCCGAGGGAGCUGAAUUCGAGCAAGACGAGGCAAAGCCGAAGGAAAAGUCAGUCGUCGCUAAUGUUGACGCUCAGCUCCGCGCCAAGGAACCUCACGCCGGUCUGGACAUUGACCUGAUGAUCGAAACCAUAGAAGAAGUGAACCUCAACCUGAAGUUGGAGGCGACGAAAAAGAAACAAGUAAAGGAACCGGUCGAAGCGAAGCCCGAAGAAGAAAAGGAGGUAGGACCCAAGCCGACCAAGAAGGAUGAAAAGACCAAAAAGGAGGCGGAAGCCAAGGCCAAGCAGGAAGCCGAAGCCAAGGCUAAGCAAGAAGCCGAAGCCAAGGCAAAGGCUGAUGCUGAAGAGGCCAAGAAGAAGGAGGCCGACUCCAAGAUCUCCAAGAAGGAGGAGAAAGCCAAGCAAGAAGCCGAAGCCAAGGCCAAGCAAGAAGCCGAAGCCAAGGCCAAGCAAGAAGCCGAAGCCAAGGCUAAGCAAGAAGCCGAAGCCAAAAUCUCCAAGAAGGAGGAGAAGGCCAAGCAAGAAGCCGAAGCCAAGGCCAAGCAAGAAGCCGAAGCCAAGGCCAAGCAGGAAGUCGAAGCCAAGGCAAAGGCUGAUGCUGAAGAGGCCAAGAAGAAGGAGGCCGACUCCAAGAUCACCAAGAAGGAGGAGAAGGCCAAGCAAGAAGCCGAAGCCAAGGCCAAGCAAGAAGCCGAAGCCAAGGCUAUGGCUGAUGCUGAAGAGGCCAAGAAGAAGGAGGCCGACUCCAAGAUCUCCAAGAAGGAGGAGAAGGCCAAGCAAGAAGCCGAAGCCAAGGCCAAGCAGGAAGUCGAAGCCAAGGCAAAGGCUGAUGCUGAAGAGGCCAAGAAGAAGGAGGCCGACUCCAAGAUCUCCAAGAAGGAGGAGAAGGCCAAGCAAGAAGCCGAAGCCAAGGCCAAGCAAGAAGCCGAAGCCAAGGCCAAGCAAGAAGCCGAAGCCAAGGCAAAGGCUGAUGCUGAAGAGGCCAAGAAGAAGGAGGCCGACUCCAAGAUCUCCAAGAAGGAGGAGAAGGCCAAGCAAGAAGCCGAAGCCAAGGCCAAGCAAGAAGCCGAAGCCAAGGCAAAGGCUGAUGCUGAAGAGGCCAAGAAGAAGGAUGUUGAAUCCAAGGCCGUCAAGAAAGACGACCAGGCUCAGAAGGGGGCCGAGGAGAAAGCCAAGAAGGCCGCCCAAGAGCUCAAAGGAGCUCAAAGUGGCGAGCAGGAGGGCGAGAGCAUCGAGGGUAAGACAAAGCUCGGCAAGAAGUCGCGUGCCGAGGGAGCUGAAUUCGAGCAAGACGAGGCAAAGCCGAAGGAAAAGUCAGUCGUCGCUAAUGUUGACGCUCAGCUCCGCGCCAAGGAACCUCACGCCGGUCUGGACAUUGACCUGAUGAUCGAAACCAUAGAAGAAGUGAACCUCAACCUGAAGUUGGAGGCGACGAAAAAGAAACAAGUAAAGGAACCGGUCGAAGCGAAGCCCGAAGAAGAAAAGGAGGUAGGACCCAAGCCGACCAAGAAGGAUGAAAAGACCAAAAAGGAGGCGGAAGCCAAGGCCAAGCAGGAAGCCGAAGCCAAGGCUAAGCAAGAAGCCGAAGCCAAGGCAAAGGCUGAUGCUGAAGAGGCCAAGAAGAAGGAGGCCGACUCCAAGAUCUCCAAGAAGGAGGAGAAGGCCAAGCAAGAAGCCGAAGCCAAGGCCAAGCAAGAAGCCGAAGCCAAGGCCAAGCAAGAAGCCGAAGCCAAGGCAAAGGCUGAUGCUGAAGAGGCCAAGAAGAAGGAGGCCGACUCCAAGAUCUCCAAGAAGGAGGAGAAGGCCAAGCAAGAAGCCGAGCCAAGGCCAAGCAAGAAGCCGAAGCCAAGGCCAGCAAGAAGCCGAAGCCAAGGCAAAGGC